AUGGAUUCGUACGUCGCUCCUCCUUCCCUCCCCCCUCCUCCCUCCCCCCUCCUCCCUCCCCUCUUUCAAUCACCGCCACCGCACCUUUCCUCCCCCGAACCAUUCAUGGGCCGCCCUUGUCGCCGGACCGAAGAGGUUCGAGUCUCGGCUGUCUCGGCCGCUCGAGACGCACCGUCGCCAUCCCGCCACGAGAAUGCCGCCGCCGCCGCCGCCAUGAGACUGUCCAUGGCCGUCGCUGACAUCUUCUCCAGCCUCAUCCACGUCGCCGGCUGGGCCCAGCACAGCCAGCCUGCCCGUCCUACCUCGAGCCGGUCCUUUGGCCACCUCAGAUCCCUCUCCGUCGCCGCCGCCUCGUCCGCCUCCUCCCCGUCCCCGAGCCCGCCGAAGCUGCGGCUACCCUCCAAGUCGACGUCGACGUCGCAGAUCCCAACCAUAUCCUCCACCGCCGGCUCGCAGCUGGCACCCCUGUACGCCAGCGAUGAGAUGAGCACGCUGCCCGAUCCCCGCAGCCGAGAUUUGAGCCCCGCCAGCGACACGGCGAGCUCGGGCUCCAGCCGUCACCCCGACCUCGACGACGAGGUGGCCACGUUGAGCACGAAGCUCGUCAACGCCAUCAACCACCAGACCGUCCUCGACGACACCUUGUCGUCCACCCGCCUCGAGCUCCAAUCCGCCCGAGCGCGCAUCCGGGAGCUCGAGCAGAAGAACCGCGACCAGCGCGAGAUGAUGAACGGUGACGUCUGGGUCCGCCGAUCCACCUUUGACGUGGAGAGGAAGGCGAUGCAGGCGGACAAGAAGGCGAUGCAGGCGAAGCUGGCCGACGAGGUGGCCAGACGGCUCGACACGGAGAGGGAGAAGAGGGUCAUUGAGCAGGAGGUGGAGAACCUGACCACGGCCCUGUUCGAGGAGGCCAACAAGAUGGUCAUCGGCGCCAAGGAGGAGGCUCAGGCCCAGAUGGACGCCUUGCAACGAAAAAACGACCAGCUCAGGGCCCAGCUCGCCGAUUCCGAAAGCCUGCUCCAGUCCCAGCAGGAACAGCUGUCGGAGCUCAAGAACGUCAUGGAGGGCAUGGCAUCCGAGCGCGACGACCGCACAAACUGCACCGCCCCGUCCUCCCCGGGCAUCGCGCGAUUCGAGAUCCUCGACGACGACGACGGCGCGCCCGGCGCCCCGCCCUCACCCGACGCCUCUUCGCCCUGCCCGCCCACGAGCCUGCAUCACCUCAUCCUGCCCGUCCUGCGCGUCGACCUGGCCUCGUUCGAAGACUUUGCCUCCCUCGCCCAUCUCUCCCACCAGCCUCGAAGCAACCGCGCGUCGUCGGGAUCCUUGGGAGGACUCGCCGCUCUGUCUCUCGGCCUCGGCGGUUCCACCUCGAGUGCCCUUCUCAACAAUGCCUCCUCCGUCUCCCUGAACGCGUCCGCCUCCGCCCACGGCAGCCACUCUCCGACACCCAACACGCCUGCCUCGUCCGCGAGCGCAGGCUCCGCCGCCGUCGCCGGCGCGCCGAUGCCGAACCUCAAGGACACUCGAUUUUACAAACGCGUCCUGGCCGAGGAUAUCGAGCCCACCUUGCGGCUCGACACGGCACCCGGCCUCUCCUGGCUGGCCCGCCGCUCGGUGCUGACGGCCAUGACGGACGGCUCCCUCAUCGUGGAGCCCGUCCCCCAGAGCACCACGUACAUGGCCAUCGUGAGGCCGCAGCACUAUCCCUGUUCCUUGUGCGGCGAGGCCCGGAAGACGACGGAGCACCUGCGCCGCCACCGCUUCCGCACGAGCGACGCCGAGUCGGCGCAGAGGUAUCCUCUCUGCAACUACUGUCUCGUUCGCGUUCGCUCCACCUGCGACUUUCUCGGCUUUCUUCGCAUGGUCAAGAACGGCUACUGGAAGGCCGACGACGAAAACCUCGAGAAGGCGGCCUGGGAGGAGAGCGUCAAGCUCCGUGAGCAAAUGUUCUGGGCACGCAUCGGCGGCGGCGUCAUCCCCGCCAACCAAGCCGUGUUUGCCACCGCUCUAGAGGCCGGCAAGGCCCUGCCGGCAAGGGACAUUGCCGUCGACUCCGAAGACAUUCCGGGCACCAUGAUGGUGGCAGGAAUGGCGGGCGGCAGGGAAACCCCCGACGAGGAAGCCGACUGCUCUGAUGGUGCUGGUCCGGAAGCCACGCCGAACUCCGUGGCCGAUCGUCACGCGCAGGCCGAGCGAAAGGGUGACGAGCGAGAGUUUGAAACCCCUGGCGACCGCCCUAAGCGGGCACAACAAGACUCUGACAAUGAGUCCUUCUUUUAA